AAGCAUUAGAAAAUAUAUUAGAAAGUUAUACAGUUGAUAUUAAGAAAAGUCAUACAAGAAAUAGUGAUCAUGAUGCUAGAGUGCAAUCUGAAUGUAUUAGAAUUUUAAGAGUUUUAUUGAAUACAGAGCCUGGGUAUGACAAAGUACUUAAAUCUCGGACAUUAAUUAGCAGCAUAGUUUUCUGUAUUAAUACACGAAAUAAUAAACUGAGAUCACAAGUGGCUGAUGUAUUAGCAGCAUUGUGUGUGAUGUCGUUAGAUGGACAUCAUCUGGUAUUAUCGGCCUUUUCAGAUUUCAAGCAAAUAAAUGAUGAAAAGUUUCGAUUUCAAUAUUUGAUUGAAACAUUGAAAGGAACAAAUGAAAUAGAAGAAGAUAGUGUGUCAAUGGAAUAUAAAGCUGCAUGUUUAAGUUUGAUUAAUGCAAUAGUAAACUCACCUGAGGAAGUUGAAGAAAGAAUGUUGUUGAGAGAUGAAUUUUCAAGAAGAGGAUUAAAUGAAGCUUUCAUGAAUAUCAAAAGAUCAGAUCCACCAGAAAACCUUUUAACACAAAUUUAUCUGUAUGAAGAAGAAUAUCAAGAUGAUUUUGAUGAAUUAUAUCUAAAGGUUCAUGAUAUAGUAAGAGAUUCAAAUGAUUCAUAUUCUAUACUACUUGGACUUUUAAAACAAGUUGAAUUUGAUGACUCAUUAUACUUUCGAGUUCUUGAAACUUUAAAAAAUUUACUAAGAAUUAUAUGCAAGGAUUUGGAAAUAAAUUCACAAAAUGAAAUGUGGACGAUUAUUGAAUUAUUCGUUGAUAGAAUUGGUUCAUUGAAAAAUAUUCAAGAUGAAUGGCAAUAUUCUUUUAAUGAGUUUUUAUCUUCGAUUCAAAUUAUUGUUGGAAAAUUCUCUGUUGUUUCUGGUCAUAUAAGUGAUGAACAAAUUGAUAAUAUGAAAAUGAAAUUAAACAGUUUGGAAAAUAAUACUACACUAGAAACUACCAACCAAAACUAUCCACUAAAGAAUCAACAUUUUUCGGAAAGUGAUAAAUUGGCCAUUAUCAAUAAUGAUCAAACAAACCAAUUUAUCAAUUCAUCAGAGCCAACCAUAAGCAACAUUCUUAAAACUAAACAUACAUUAUCAAA